CCAACGUAAAGUACAAUUUUAAAAUUUAAGCUCCCGACUAAAAGAAUGAUCCGCAGUCAACUGCUAGGGAAUCUGGGCGCCCCAGUGCCUGCGGAGGGUGCAGCCGGGUGUGGGCACAGGCAGGGGGAGUGGGCGAAGCUACUGGUUGGUGCCUGAAAUCUGUGCGUUGCCCCUUUAAUUGUGUCCUCAGCCCUCGGGCGUUUCUGUCCAACGCCCACGUCAGCAAAUACCUUUUGUUUCUCCCACGUUGGGGCUACUUGUUUUAGGGCGCACAGCCUCGGCUUCGGAAGGGGGUGCUUCCCCCACCGGGAACCGGGAAUUGCUCCGCAGCGCGCACGAGCGGCCAGAGCCCCGCGACACAGCUCCUUUUGUGACGACAUUGACUUAGAGUCUUUCAUCUUUGCCCUUCAAUAGUCUUCAGGUGUCAAGACUAGCAUCUGCACAUUCCAGAAUGGAGAUCUCCUCCCACCAAUCACACCUCCUGCAGCAACUGAACGAGCAGCGCAGGCAAGACGUGUUCUGUGACUGCAGUAUUCUCGUGGAAGGCAAGGUCUUCAAAGCGCAUCGAAACGUCUUGUUUGCUAGCAGCGGCUACUUUAAGAUGCUGCUGUCCCAGAGCUCCAAGGAGACGAGUCAGCCAGCCACAGCCACGUUUCAGACCUUCUCCCCGGACACCUUCACAGUUAUCCUGGACUUUGUCUACUCCGGCAAACUCUCUCUUACUGGACAGAAUGUCAUAGAGGUGAUGUCUGCCGCGAGCUUCCUUCAGAUGACUGAUGUCAUUAGUGUAUGCAAGACUUUCAUUAAAUCUUCCUUGGACAUCAGUGAGAAAGAAAAGGAUCGCUAUUUCAGCCUCUCAGAUAAGGACAGCUGCUCGAAUGGUGUGGACCGCCCCUCUUUCUACGGUAGCAGCUGGCAGGAGGAAAGUGCAUCUCCCCGUUCUCACCUGAGCCCAGACCAAGGCCCAAGUAUAGUAAGUGGAAAGUUGUGGCCCAAGUACAGUUACCACGCCGCGCCCCAAAGGAAUGCUCCGCAGCCGUUGGCUAACGAACACAGGAAGGAUGCCCUUAAAAAGACCAAGCACUUGAGACUGUCGCAACCUUCUCAGCCUAUUCAUCUUAAGUCGGGGAAAGCAGAAGCACGGGCGUCUGAUUCCUCCAGCCACGUUUCCCAGUCUGAAGAGCAAGUACAGAUUGACGCUGAAGUAGACUCCGCUCCCGCUGGCUUCCAGUACAGCCAAGGGUCUGACGUCACAUCCAGGAGCUUUCCAGGCCAGAAGAGGGCACCAGACCUAAUUACAGAUGGUUGUGAGCCACCAUGUGGUUGCCAAGAAUUGAACUCAGGACCUUUGGAAGAGCGGGCAAUGCUCUUAACUGCAGAGCCAUCUCUCCAGCCCCCAAAUGAUCUGCCCAGGCUGCGAUUCAAGUGCCCAUACUGCACGCACGUUGUGAAGCGGAAAGCAGACCUCAAACGCCACCUGCGCUGCCAUACAGGAGAGAGGCCCUACCCGUGCCAAGCUUGUGGGAAACGCUUUAGCAGGCUGGACCAUCUGAGUAGCCAUUUCCGAACAAUCCACCAGGCAUGCAAACUUAUCUGCAGGAAAUGCAAACGCCAUGUGACUGACCUCACAGGACAAGUGGUCCAGGAGGGAACCAGGCGCUACAGACUGUGUAACGAGUGCCUGGCUGAAGUCGGCAUGGACAGCCUCCCUGUGGAUCUGGAAGCCGAGCAACAUUGCGUGUCCCCCGCGGACGGAGAUAAGGAUUCCCGAUGGCAUCUGAGUGAGGAGGAGAACAGAUCCUACGUGGAGAUUGUAGAGGAUGGGUCUGCCGAUCUGGUCAUAAAACAAGUCGAAGAUAGUGAGGAGGAGGAGGAAAAGGAAAUCAAACCCAACAUCAGGUAGCCUGAAGUGACUAGUCACUGAGCAGGCAUGCCUGCCUGCAGUUUACAAGAACAUCUGUACCUCUCCAUAGGCGGAGCCUGGCUGAUGGAUUUCUCCUGCUGGCUUGGAAGUGACCUGAUGUAACUUGCAUGCUUUCCGAAUAGGUCACUGUAUCCAUUCUGAACUCUGUCGCCCUGAAAUACAUCGCUGCUCUGGGAAGACCUUGCUUGCACUGGCAUGACGGAUGACCAGUUACCCUUUCUGUUAUUGUGCAGAUGCCAUCUCUUUAAAUAUUGGAAAAAUCUAUUUAGCAAACUUUUUUAAGUAAAUAUUUUAAAUAAAUCUAUCACAACACUUUAAAACAA